AUUAUUCUCAUUUUUUAUUUAUUGAAAUAAUUAAAAUAUUAAAUUCUCAUAAUUAACUUCCACAGUUCCACUAUCACCAAUAUUCCUAUAUAGGGAAUCUCUUCCUAUAUUGCCGAGAAGUCCCAACAGAAAACUUGAUAAACUACUGUGCAAGGAACUCGCCUGCCUAUUUCACAAGGCUUUUUCACUCAGUCAUUUUCUCAAACACCUGUGAUCACUGAUUCAGUUUUAGGAGAAUUCAUGCGAGAGAGAGAAGUCUUGGUGAAGUCUCUCACAGUCACAGUAGAGAUAUCGGUGGAGUAUUCCACACAGACAUUUUCUCAAACACCUCAUCGUGAUCGCCGAUGUCCGUCUCCGUCAAUUCACAAGUCUCCUCAAACGCCUCUUCCACAGCUUGAUUGCCGAUUGAUUCCAUGUCGCGGAAUCUGAGAAGAACGAUACCUGCACUGCUCCUCGCGCUCCGCGGUAAUCUCCAUUUCAAUCGGAUACCGCCGCAUACCAAACCAGAGCGCCGCCCUCUGCACUUUCUAUCUCGAUAUCCUAUUGUUAGCAGGCCACCAGUUUCUGCGGCUUUCACUUCCUCAAUCCACAGUGAAGGAGACUGCCGCAGCGGAUCGGAGCAUGAAUCAGAGAGCGAUUGUGAAGUAAUCGCAAGCGAUCCGGAUUCCUCGCGCGAUUUCGCCGCCGUUGUGGACAUUUUACGAACACCUGGUGCGCAGGAGAAGAGCGCGAAGCUGGAGGGAUGCGGAGUGAAUGUGACGCCGGGAUUGGUGGCAAGCGUCCUUUCCUCCGUGCGGAACGAUUGGGAGGCGGCGUUCACCUUCUUCCUGUGGGCCGGGAAGCGGCCGGGCUACGAGCAUUCGCGGCGCGAGUACCACUCGAUGAUAGCCAUCCUCGGCAAGUUCAGGAAGUUCGACACCGCGUGGGCUCUGAUCGACGACAUGAGAGCCGCGUCGCUCGUCACGACAAUGACGAUCCUGAUCAUGAUCAGGAAGUACGCAGCCGUGCACGACGUUGCCAAGGCGAUCAGCGCCUUCUACGGGCUGCGGCGCUUCAAGCUCGAGAUAGGAGUCGAUGAGUUCCAAGGCCUGCUCUCGGCUCUCUGCAGGUACAAGAACGUGAAGGAUGCAGAGGAUUUGCUCUUCUGCAACAAGGCCGCGUACCCGCUCAACACGAAGAGCUUCAACAUCAUCCUCAACGGGUGGUGCAAUGUGAUCGGCAGCCUGCGCGAGGGGAAGAGGAUUUGGGUGGAGAUGGAGAGGAGAGGGAUUAGGCAUGAUGUCUACUCCUAUUCAAGCAUCAUGUCUUGCUAUUCCAAGAUGGGAAAUCUCAACGCAGUGAUGAGGCAUUACGAGAGGAUGAAGGCUUUAGGCAUCAAGCCGGAUAGGAAAGCCUACAACGCCGUGGUUCACGCUCUGGCCAAGGGGAGGUUCGUUAACGAAGCUCGUAGCCUCAUGGAGACGAUGCAGGAGGCGGGCAUUGCCCCAGACUCCGUCACUUACAACUCGCUGAUCAUGCCUCUUUGCAAGUCGCAUCUCUUGGACGAGGCGAGGAAGGCGUUCGAGGAGAUGGUGGAGAGAGGCGUGGCGCCCACUGUCCGGACCUACCACGCCUUCCUCCGUGCUGUGAGGACUGCAGAGGAAGUGUUUGAGCUUCUGCAGAGUAUGCACGCGACCGGGUGCCAUCCGAGCCACGAUACGUACAUCAUGUUGAUCAGGAAAUUCUGCCGCUGGCGCCAGCUUGAGGACGUGUUCAAGCUGUGGGGCGAGAUGAGCAGGCACGGGCUCGACCCUGAUAGGAGCUCGUACAUCGUGCUGAUACACGGCCUUUUCUUGAACGGGAGGUUGGACGCGGCGCAUAAGUACUAUGUGGAGAUGAAGGAGAAGGAUUUGUUGCCGGAGGCGAAAGUGGAUGCUAUGAUUCAAGAAUGGUUGGCGAGUAAGAGUGAUGCAGAAGGCCAUGCGAUUGCUGCAUCAGGUGAGAACAAAUCUACCUCUAGUAGGAUAGGGGAAAGGGAAAAGGAGAGAUUCAAAUCCAAAAACAAUUUGAGGGAUGUUGAAUUUCGCCGACGGCCUGAAAUGAGGGGUGUUACUAGGGAGAGGGGCUUUUCGUUUUGGGAUGAAUGAGUAAUCUAUGUUUGGUGUUUUAUGGCUCUUCUGCAACUAUUUACUAUGAUAAUUCUCCUAAGUGGCUAUGCUAUGUAUGAUCUUUCCUUGUGCCGCAUUUCUAAUGAUUUUGUAACUUAUUUUGAUGAUACACCUGGUAAUGUUAGUGUCAUGAUUUAUAAA